GGAAUAUUUGUUGGCUCGCACAAUGCCACAUGCAAACACUUCCUGCUACAAAACCACAUUACACACGUCCUAUCUCUUGGGGAGCAUACUGAAGACGACUUACCUCCCGAGAUCACCGUAAAGAAAAUCGUGCUCGAAGACAAUGACAGAGUAAAGUUCGAGGACAUCCUCGACGAAGCUUGUCAGUUUAUCGACGAAGGAACCAAGGGAAAUAACAUGGUUCUAGUUCACUGUUUCCUUGGAUCAUCUCGAUCCCCUGCAGUAGUUAUAAAUUAUUUAUAUCGUCGCAAGGGAUUCUCAAUGCCCUGUUCUUACUUUUUUGUUGCUAAAAGAAGACCAGGAAUUAGUCCCGAUGCAGGCUUC